AUGGCUGAAGCAGCACCGGCUGUCCCAACCUUCAAGCUUGUUCUUGUCGGAGAUGGAGGAACUGGAAAGACUACGUUCGUCAAGCGUCAUUUGACCGGAGAAUUCGAGAAGAAAUAUAUCGCGACCCUUGGUGUAGAAGUCCACCCUCUGGGCUUCAGCACGAACUUAGGCAACAUUCAAUUCGAUGUCUGGGAUACCGCAGGACAAGAGAAGUUUGGGGGUCUUCGUGAUGGAUACUACAUCAACGGCCAAUGUGGUAUUAUCAUGUUCGACGUUACUUCCCGCAUCACCUACAAGAACGUUCCCAACUGGCAUCGUGACCUGGUCCGCGUUUGCGAGAACAUCCCCAUCGUCCUGACCGGAAACAAGGUUGAUGUUAAGGAGAGAAAAGUCAAGGCGAAGGCCAUCACUUUCCACCGGAAGAAGAAUCUGCAAUACUACGAUAUCUCUGCGAAGUCCAACUACAACUUUGAGAAGCCUUUCCUCUGGCUGGCCCGUAAACUCGUUGGCAACCCUGCUUUGGAAUUCGUUGCUGCUCCAGCUCUUGCCCCACCCACCGCUACUGUCGACCACGCCCUGCUCCAGCAAUACCAGGAAGAGAUGAAAGUGGCUUCCGAAAUGCCACUCCCAGACGAGGACGAUGCCGACCUGUAA